CCUUGUGUAACAAUGUUUAAACUAUUGACUUAUAUUAUAAUUUUUAUGUUAUGUGAUAAAAUACAUAGUGAGUGCAUUGUGCAAAGCAUUUCUCGCAAGCAUAUAAAAUGCACAGGUGAUACACUCGAGCUUAUAAAUAGUGUUCCGGACAAGGACAUGUUUGAAAUUCUGACAAUUGAGGAUCUCAUUGAUAAAACUAUUUCACAGAAUGGAAUACAGUAUCCUUCCUUAAUAGAAUUAUAUAUAACUAACAUAACAAAACUUAAUCGAAAUGCAUUUGAGAAUUUAGAACAGUUAGAAAAAUUAAUAAUCAGUGAUUCACCUGAAUUAACAUCAAUAAGUAGUUACGCCUUGAAAAAUCUUGAAGCUGAGUAUUUGAAAAUAAAUGGAACUAACUUAGAAACAAUUGAACAAGGUGCUUUUGAAUACUGUAAUUUGGUUGAAUUGGAUCUGUCUUACAAUCGUUUGGGAUCGUUUGAAGAUGGAUUGUUUGAUAGUUUGAGCACUUUAGAGGUUUUAAAUCUACGUUCAAAUAACAUUCAAGAACUUUCUCCAAAUAUAUUUGAAAAUUUGGAUCAUUUAGAGCGUUUAGAUUUGUCAUCAAAUCAACUAACAGAUCUUCCAGAUGAAUUAUUUCAAAUAGAUGAAACAAGUUUGGAAGAAAUUAACUUAUCCAAUAAUAAUAUUCAACAAAUCAGUGAAAAUAUUUUUAAGGAAAUGUCUUUUCUAAAAUCAUUAGAUCUUAGUCACAAUAAAAUUAAAUCAAUUUCACCAAAUUCAUUUGCAGAAUUGAAAAAUUUACAAAAUUUGGAUUUAUCAGGAAACAGUUUUGAAUCAAAAGUGUCAAAAGAAGAUUUUAAGUUUUUACCGUCAUUGAAAACUUUAAACUUAGAGCCUUUUGUAGGUUCAAAUUUAGAUUCUUCAGUAACUGAAGUAAUUUAUAAUACAGAAAAAUUGACUUCUCUUGAACCUGAAAUUACAGUAGAUAUACAAGAAAGAAAGUUAUUUACAUCUAGCCCUAAAGACCUUGAAACUUUAACAGAUAUCGUUUCCAAUCAAAUUACUACAAGCCCUGAACAAGAACAAAGUAAUCAUCAAUUAGGCAAUGCAAUAAAUGCAACACCAGAACAACAAAUUUCAUUAGCCGAAUUUCGAACUUCUACCGUAUCACCAGUUAAAGAGACAGUUACGGAGCACUUAAGCAGUAUUUAUCCUACAUCUCCAGUGAUUGGUAAUGACAAUGAAUAUCUAAACAACAAAGCUCCUGAAAUGCCGGUACAUAUACUGGCGCCCAUUCAAUCAGAUGCAGAUAAACCUUUAAAAAAAGGGACUUUAGAAGGACUCCUGAAUCUUACAAGAAGUUUACAAGAAGCUAUAAAUAUUGCAUCAGGGAAUAGUACUUCAACAAUUUCGUCGCCGCAAUUAAAUUUUUUACAACCAGGCAUUCCCAAUCUGGAAACGUCUUUAUUAGAAACGAUGUUUGAUCGAUCCAAUAAUAAUCCUUCAAUCUUGAUAAAGGAAACAGUAAAUACUCAAUCACACAAAAUACAUCCUACAAGUAUUUUGAUAUUUAGUGAACAUCUUUUUGUAUCGUAA